GAAUUCAUUUCAUAGCACAUUCUUGUAUAAAACAGAAUGGCAGCUCUGGGGUUGGAGAUAUUAGGGGUCACCUUAGCUGUGUUCGGUUGGAUAGUAGGCAUCGUGUCUUGCGCUUUGCCCAUGUGGAAGGUCACGGCUUUCAUCGGGGUGAACAUCGUGACGGCGCAGACCAUAUGGGAGGGAAUCUGGAUGAACUGUGUAGUGCAAAGCACUGGCCAGAUGCAGUGCAAAGUCUACGACUCCAUGCUGGCUCUCAGCUCAGACCUGCAGGCGGCCAGGGCUCUGUGUGUGAUUGCCAUUGUGAUGGGAGUACUGGGACUCCUACUCUCCAUUAUAGGAGCCAAGUGCACUAAAUGCCUAGAGGAGGAGCGGGCCAAAGCCAGAGUCAUGAUCGCCGCUGGAGUCACCUUCAUCUGCUCUGCGGUCAUGCACUUGAUCCCUGUGUGCUGGUCUGCUCACAGUAUCAUCAGAUCCUUCUACAACCCCGUAAUCAUUGAGGCACAAAAGAGGGAGAUAGGUGCGUCUCUUUACCUGGGGUGGGCAUGUAGCGCCCUUCUGCUGAUUGGAGGCGGGAUUCUCUGCUGCAGCUGCCCCCCGCAGGAGAAGAAUAGGUACGGUCCACCCAGCAGGAUGGUUUACUCCGCUGCACGGUCUAUACCGCCCGCUGGCUUUGACAAACGAGACUAUGUGUGAACAAACGUACUCUUUUUGUGUUGCAACUCUGUUCAUAUGUGUCCUGAACAGAGAACGUGAUGAUACAGCACAAGACAGUGUGUUUCUGGACAGUGAGUUCUGCUGUUUUGCCAUUUCUUUUGUUACCAAGUUCAUGCAAGCAGUUUAGAAGAAUUGCAAGUAUUAUAUUAUUACUAAAAAUAAGCACAUGCAAAAGUA